AUGUCUACCUCUUGGAUCAAGUCUCUUCGCGAUCGCGCAGCACAGGCGGGUGGAUCCAAAAUCCCCGACUCCCUCUUUCAGACCGACUGGUCUCGAUCUUUGGCGAAUGUGCAUCUCAGUAGUGCCGGCACAUUCAAUGAAGGCCUUCUCGCUGGGCUUGCUCUUCCCGGUGAGGUCACUGCCAUGGCCUUUGAACCGGUCCAGGGCUUCCUCGCUGUCGGCACCACCCUGGGCACCAUCCAUCUGUUUGGAUCGCCUGCGGUCCAGCUUUCCUUUUCACUACGACCAGCGCACAAGGUCAAUCACCUCGCCUUCAAGUCCGACGCUGGACUCUUGAUCUGCAUCGACGAGAAGGACAACAUCAGCAUCUAUGAUCUGGCACGACCCGACCCACAAAUCAGAGCCGCUCAUGGUACGUCUACCAACCAAUACCGUGCUUCGAGCGCUGCAACCGGACACAGCAUCACGGGACCCCCACAUCCCGACACACCACAGAGAGUGGGUAUGCACACCGUACGCAACAAGGUCAUCUGUAUCGAAGUAUCUUCUGCCCACUCCCACAUGUUUCUUGGCCUUCGCGAUGGCACCGUUGACACAUUCGACUUGGAACGCAUGUGCCCUUCUCCAUAUCGUGUCCCCAAUCUCUGGUGGGAGGAAGAAGAGAUUCUGCGCAAGUCUGGCGUCCCCGACGCACCUAGCCGUCGCCAUGUACCGCUGAUCAUCGAUAUCAAAACUCAUCCCAAGGACAUCAACCACUUGCUAUUGGCUUACGAGGGUGGUGCCAUCCUUCUCGACAUUCGCGAGCGGGCUGUCCUCAAGACAUUUCAGCUGCGACUACUUCCAGGCGCGCUGGGUUCUGGCGGCAAUCCAGAAUCGGUAUGGACAGAGCGUGCACCUCCCGCCACAUGCAUCGCUUGGCGACCAGACGCCGAGGUUUUCGCCAUGGGCCACGAAGACGGCUGCGUUUCCUUCUGGUCCAUCCGCGACGAUGACAAGCCAAUCAUGGUUCGAACUCUGACCAGCCUUGAUGUGGAAAAGCCUGUUACUGAUCCGGCCCUCAUGGAUAUUCAACGGCCACUAAUCGAGCCCAUCUUCAAAUUGGCAUGGUCCGGGUUUCCCGAAAAAGGCUGGAUCGACAUGGCUACUGAAAGCGCCGCAGGCUGGCAGUCACAUGCACGCCAGCGCAGCGCUUCCUCUCAUGAGCCCACCAACGGCUCCAUUAAAGGCACAGUGCUUACCGUUUUGGGUGGGGCCAAAGCCGGUAUCGACCCUCCUGGGCUUUUCACUGCCCACCUACCGCCCUACACUAGCAGUCUCACCUUGUGGAGUGGUGGAACAGUUGAGGCAAACCACAAGCUACGUCUUGCGCUCUAUGACUCACUCGUUCCUACAUGCGAAACUGUCUAUCCAACUUCGAGCGUAGUUGAAGACUUUUUGCUGCUGCCAAGGAGCAACCCUCACUAUUCUGGCACUUACGAUCCCACAGCUGUAGUAGUGCUACUGGCAGCGGAUCCCUCUCUGCCAACACUACCACCUCCUGCUGCCGCACGCGGUCUAGCGUGCUUUACAUUCCCUCCUCGACCGCAGUCUUUCACACCAGAUCAGCCGGCUCCAACAUCCGGCCACCAGCAGGGCCACCAUCUAGACCCAUCCCUUGUUGGUCCACCGAAGGAGUUGCACCUCCCCUUGCCUCUCACGCUGGCGGGCGGAGGUGCGAUACUUGGAGCCAAGCUAGAGGAAUUAACUCCUCAUGCGUACCGGAAGCUUGUCGGCCCUCUCGAUGUGACUGGCUUGAACCAGAAACAAGAGCAGGAAGCUGCUGCCUCUGCCCUCAAGUCCUCCCACAACAACAGCAGGCCACCGCUCAUAUUGACAGGAGGCAAAGCCUCGGCAUCUCUGUCCGGUGAAGGCACUGAUGGUAUUACGGACUUGAUUCGGUCAGCCAAGUUCCGCCUUCUGCUCACGUGGCAUCUCGACGGUACGGUGCGCUUCUAUGAUGUCAGUCCUCACUUGCUCCUUAUGGGGGAGGUCGAUGAAGCUGAGUUGCGCAACCAGCCAGACAAUCCGCGCAUCUGGCUUAAGCAAGGCUUCCCGUCGCCUUUGCCGCACCUCACCAUCGACACCAGGAAGCUCCUCGGCAGUCCUCUGAUGAUGGGCCAUCCUUCCUUUGAUCGAAUCCGUGGCAAAGCUCGGAUUCAAGACGUCCAUUUUGCAUCUGAGGUCCUCGAGACAACUGUAGCCCUCUCGACGGGACAAGUGGUACAUUGGCAAUUCGGAUUUGCUCAGCUUAGCGAGACAGAAGCGAUUCAGGAUCAAGUCGAGCAAGACAUGCUGAGAGAAGAAGCCAAUCAGCCAAGCCUCAUGAUCCCGCCAGUCACAAGCGCGUGUCGUGCUCAUCGAUCCUCGAGUUCGCUCGCUUCUCCACCUGGCUCGUCGCAUCUGCUCGAUGCCGAAAUGUCCCAGGCUAUGAGGGAGCUGGGCGUAGCCGGUGGCAGUCACGAUACAGCUAAUGGAUAUCCUUCAGAGAUGGCUUCGCCGCCUACACACGCCAUAGAAGCAUCGGCUGGCGUUCCGCCACCACGUCCACGUCGCGAUCCCAAAAGACUCAGCAAGCACGACUCACCUGACAUGAACCAGAGUCGAGAAGCUCUGUCCACUGCUGGCCCUUUUCUUACGCCACUUCAAAGCCGCCCAUCUGCGUCGGAAGCCACGGCGGACCACGACGAGGUCAUCUUCCUUCGACAACUUGCGGAUCCAAGAUAUGACGGAUUCAAGCCCAAUCUGAUGCUUGAUCCAAUGCGAGGUGAAGUGUCCGCAUUCGCGUCGGGCAACAUUGGCUUUAUGGCGGUAGCUUGCGGAACGGCAUUAGCGGUCAUGGACUUUCGAAGUGCUGAACUCAUUCUCAAAGAAGGUUUUGGCGAUCAGCACGAUACCAACUCUGGUGGUUCCCGCGACGACAAGGCUCUACGCAAGACAUUGGAGGCCGAGUCCAGGAGUCCGAUCGUUCAUCUCUCCUUCACCGUCUGUCGCGUCGCCGAGGAUCCCAGCCUGGCUCCACGUCUCAUCGUGAUGCGUGCCAAUGGACUGACCACGAUUUGGACGUUGCAGAGGACGCUCGAUAUGUGGCUGGCGGAACGCACCGUGACGCAGAAGCUCGACGAGAUGAGUGAGAUUCGAGGCAUCCAUAUUGUCGACCUCAGUGGACGAAGCCGUGACGGUCUUCCAUACGAUCUGCAACAGGCUUUGCGAGAGCAACAAUAUGGUCCAAUCGGAUCAAUGGCAGAGACGUCAAUGCCGCCUGCAGAUAUUAUGCUGGGCUUCACGGAUCGACAGCUGACGCUUCGAUAUGGUGUGACUGGAUCCAUCGUUUCACGCGCCGAGAUUGGAGAGCGCGUGUUGGGUUGCGGAGUCAUCGAGCGAUUGCAAGACAGAGUGGCCGCGGUGGUGACGCCGACGAGCAUCCGGCUGUUGAGCUUGCCUCGAUUGGAAUCCAUUAUUCGUCUGCAAAGACACCAUCGGACCGUAGGCGAGGUGCUGGGGGGAAAGCCUUCGAUCUCGUUCGACGCGCAUGGCGACUUUGUCGAAGUGUGCAGCAGCCUCGAUGUGCGCUUGUGGACCACAUUUGCGUCUCUGCGUCGACCCGGUCAGCCCAGCCUGACACUGUACAACCCGACACUCAGCCAUGCUAUGCCGGUGCAUCCGGGCGCAGCAGGCUCGGCAGCUGGAGUGGCUACCAGCAUUGCGGGAUGGUUCGGCACAAAGACAACAGGCGUGCUCUCCGUCGGUGCUCAGAUGGAUGCGGUGCUUGCAGGACCCCAGCGACCAGAUCCGCCGAGACUCGGGGAUGCGCUGCCACCACGCGACUAUCGACCGCCCCAUGUCCCGGCUGCACAAACGGAAGCUGGGCGAGAGCGCGCAGAGGAACGUGCUGCGGCGCCCAGUCUGACUGCAGUUCGAACGGAUGCGAGCAAAGCCAAGACGGUUGCCGCAUCAACCGAGUCAGCCUGGCACACGGGCUACCAGAACAUAGAUCUUCUCAAGGCACGUGGCGCCAUGAUGAGCGGCAUCGAGGAUGGACUGACGUCGCUCGAACGCGGAGCAAGCGAUUUCUUGAAGAGCACGCGCGAGGCAGCAGUCAAAGGAGCGGCUAAGGAUAAGCUCAACAAGAUGUUUUUCUGA